CACCUUUCCAGGAAGGAGCUGCAACAAGGACCAGCCCUUUUCUCCGUCCCUCCUUGGUUUCAAGGCAGCAAAUGAUCCUCUGAGUCCGGGCGGGGAUUGUUGAUACAGGAAAGGUUUACCGAAGGUCAGAUUUCCCUCCGCGAGGAGUUGAAAGGAGUGGCUUCAAGGGGGUUUCCCCAACACAGGAAGCCCUUGGGGAGCCCAGCCUGGACUGGAAGGCAUUAAAUUAAAGAGUGCCUUCCAGGAGAUCAAACUUGGAUUUCGUUUUUCUCUCCAAGCAGCACCCAGGAAGGGGUUUUAUCCCUGCUGUAGAUAUGACUCAAAUACCAGGAUCUUUUGCACCUCCUCUCUAUGAAGAUGUGACCAGUGGUGAAGUAAACCAGUUCCGUUCUCAUGAAGGUGAACAACCCACAAGCCAAAGGAACUGGAGUGCUACUGCCAUUUCAGAAGAUGUUGCUAAAGAAGUGUUUGCUCAAUAUGCAGCAAGUCAAUGCUGCUACAGCAAAGAUCCAGCCAAAGAGAUGGUGAUUUCUGAUUCCAAGUCAUUAAAUACAUACAGAUAUCGUUUGGAGACUUUCAGUGAAUCAAGGACUUGUAAAUGGAAGACAGUACCUUAUAGGGAUGAACCUGUUGAUCCCAGUCUGCGGGCCCAUGCUCCUUACCCUUGGGAUGUCCAAGUGGAGGUUUCUCCCAUGUUUAAAGAACAGAAGAAGAAAGUCAUGGUACCCCGUACAUCAUCAGUAAAGGUUUGUGGAAGGUGCCAUGGUCGGGGUAAAGUUACCUGCGGCCAUUGUCAUGGAAGUGGACGGGUGGAUAGCACCAUUGGAGAUCAACAAACAACCAGCAUGUGUUCUUCUUGUGGUGGUUCAGGAAGAACAAGAUGCAGCACAUGCGCAGGAAAAGGAAAGCUGCUGACAUACCUUCAGAUAAAAAUAAAAUGGAAAAAUAACAUUUUUGAAUAUGUGAUGGAUCAUGGCAGUGGGUUUCCAAUAAAGCAUUUCGACAAAGUUUGUGGACAAGAAAUGUUAUUUGAUGAGCAACGCAUGGUUUCUCCAGUUAGGAAUUUUUCAGAAAAUAUCUUAAAUGAAGUCUCUCGGAGAGCUGUUGAACAACACCGAGCUCAGUUCAUAACAGGAAGACAAGAGCAUCAUGAACAUGGAACUGCCACCUGGAAUGCAAUUGAGCACCCUCAAGCUCGGUUUGAACCCACAAUGAGCAUUCGGAGGCAGAAGCAAACAAUUGAAUUGUUAUACCUUACCAGAGUGGAAUAUGAGUGGCAUGGCAAGCACUAUUCUUACUUCGUUUACGGAAAUGAACAGAAGGUGUAUUCAGAGUAUUAUCCCAAAAGGGGGUGCUGCUCUGUGAUGUGAUUUAUGGACCUUCCAACUAAACUCUCUUGUUCACAAAUUUUGCAUGAUUGUUCUUCCUCCCUUAGUAGUUUCUAUGAAGGUUACUGUUCUUUCUCAAAAGGCAUAUUUUGCUCAGCAAAUAAAGAAAAGUAUUAUGUUUAUGUUUAUUUAUACCCUGAUUUUUCCUUCCACAAAGGAGACUCAAAGUGGAAAACUCCAAUUCCGAUUAAGGAAUAUCAAUCUGUAAUACCCAGUUCGAUAUCAAUAGAAAUCCACUUUGGGAUAUAACAGUCAGAAAUGGAGCAGAUUAUAUAUCCUUCCUUCUCUCUCUCUCUUUCUCUCUGUAUCCCUCCCUUCUGAAACAGGAUUACAUUUUGAGGAAUACCUUAGUAAGAUUAAGAACAAGAAAUCAAAUAUUUCUUUUAGCCAACCACUUCAUAAGGCACAAUUAUUCCUUUAAGGAUCUGCAAGUCGAGGUACUGGAUAAAUAUUUUCCCUGAAGAAGAGGAAGGCAAAUAGAAUGCAAUCAAAUUUUGGGAGCAGGAGUGUCCUGACCAAAGCUGUAAGGAGAAUCUUUAGUUAAUUCCUUUACUUUUUGUUUCAGACAUCUGUGUAGACUCAGGUAAAAGUAAACUACUGCAGCCAUCGUGCCUUAUCAUGUGUGCCAUCUUGACCACACACUCUGAUGUUGUUUGGCUACACAGUUUCUAAUUUUCAUUUAUGAAAUAUUGGAGGGUAUAGUGACACUAUAAUAUUAUUUCCUUCUCUAACAACUUCCAGCUGCUAAUAAAAAAAAACAAUUGCCAUUUAAAGGACACUGUUUCCAGAUCUCUGCAGGCAGAAUUGUUUAGAUUAUGUAUCACUUACAGAUUUUUAUUUUUGUAUAAGUUAAUUCAUGUAAAUAUGAUUUUGUAUGUAUUUUUGUACAUAUCUAAUUUAUGACUCUUAUAUAACUACUAUUUUAUGUGUAUAUUUUAGAUUUAACCCUUCUAUAAAUUGAGAUUUCUUUUUAAAAUUAAGUUGAAACUAAACUUUCUUCUGACUGUGACUGACAUUUUGUAAUUUUGGACAAAUAAUAUAUUAUUGCCUACUGUUUGUUUUUUUAAAUUUUUCUAGUGGUACUACUUUUCAAAAAUAUUAUUAAUAAAUUUACAAAAAAUA